AUGCGUGCAGUAGCUUGCUUCUUUGCGCCAAAUGUAUUUCUACGACAUACUUGUAGCCUAAUUGGGGUGACCCUGAAUAUGAAUAGAUGUAUCGUGUUACAGGCGCGGUGGGGUUCAUCUCUGAAUCACCACCUCCCCCAAAGCGCAGCUUGA